AUGAUAGGUUAUAUCAAAAAGCUGCUGCCGCGGCUGCCGCUGCUGCUUAGCAGCAGUAGCAGCAGCAACAGCAGCUCCAGCAGCAGCAGGCAGCACCAGCACCACCAACAGCAGCAGCAUCACCAUCAGCAUAUAACUCAUCAGCAACAAAAGCAUAAUCAGCAGCAGCCGCACCAACAGCAGCAGCACCAUCACCAUCAGCAGCAGCACCAUCACCAUCAGCAGCAGCACCAACAGCAUCAGCAGCAGCACCAACAGCAUCAGCAGCAGCACCAACAGCAUCAGCAGCAGCACCAACAGCAGCACCAACAGCAUCAGCAGCAGCAGCAGCAGCAGCAGCAAGUAACUGACCAGCACCAAUGCAAGUGCAGCAGACGACAUCGCUCUCCAUGA